AUGCUGUCUCACGCCGACCUCCUGGACGCCCGUCUCGGGAUGAAAGAUGCGGCCGAGCUGCUGGGACACCGGGAGGCGGUGAAGUGCCGGCUGGGCGUAGGGGGCUCGGAUCCGGGGGGACACCCGGGAGACAUGGCCCCCAACUCGGACACGGUGGAAGGGACCACCCUGCUGCCGGGAGAGGACAUCACCACGGUGGGAUCCAAUCCCAGCUCCUUGGCCGUCAGCACCAAAGACGCCGACAAGCAGCAAGGCCAGCAGGGCGGCCAGAACCCCAGCCAGGCGGGACAGCAGCAGGGCCAGCAGAAGCAGAAGCGGCACAGAACCCGCUUCACGCCGGCGCAGCUCAACGAGCUGGAGAGGAGCUUCGCCAAGACCCACUACCCGGACAUCUUCAUGCGGGAGGAGCUGGCCUUGCGCAUCGGCCUCACCGAGUCCCGGGUGCAGGUGUGGUUCCAGAACCGCCGGGCCAAGUGGAAGAAGCGCAAGAAGACGACCAACGUCUUCCGCGCCCCGGGCACGCUGCUGCCGACGCCGGGGCUGCCGCAGUUCCCCUCGGCCGCCGCCGCCGCCGCCGCGGCCAUGGGCGACAGCCUCUGCUCUUUCCACGCCAACGACACGCGCUGGGCCGCCGCCGCCAUGCCCGGGGUGUCGCAGCUGCCGCUGCCGCCGGCGCUGGGCAGGCAGCAGGCCAUGGCGCAGUCCCUGUCCCAGUGCAGCCUGGCGGCCGGGCCGCCGCCCAACUCCAUGGGGCUCUCCAACAGCCUGGCGGGCUCCAACGGCGCCGGGCUGCAGUCGCACCUCUACCAGCCCGCCUUCCCCGGCAUGGUGCCCGCCUCGCUGCCCGGCCCCAGCAACGUGACGGGCUCGCCGCAGCUCUGCAGCUCCCCGGACAGCAGCGACGUGUGGCGGGGAACCAGCAUCGCCUCCCUCCGCCGCAAAGCACUAGAGCACACAGUCUCCAUGAGCUUCACCUAA